CAGAAUAAUUAAAAUGUCCCUCUGUAGGCAAAUUGCGGCAUCUGUUGGUAUUUUGUUUGAUUCGCUUUUGUCUGUCAAAACUCAAAAGUGUCAAACAAAAAUAGGAAAAAAAAUACAAUUAAAUAAAAUGAUAAAAUGGAGAUAUUGCUAAGAUUUGUGCCUGCACAUACAUUACGUAUAACAACAUCUAGAAUAUUAUUAACUCAUGUGGCUAGUUAUACUAGAUUAGCUGAGGUGGGGAAGUUAGAAGUGCCUAAAACCACCGGAAAAUAUGACACAGGACAACUAAUAUUGCAUAAAGUAUUCGGAUAUCGCGGUGUGAUACUGUUUCCGUGGCUAGCAAGAGUGUAUGAUAGAGAUGCUACUAACAAAAAGGAGAAUCCAGAAACAUCGGCGUCCGCUGAGGCCUCCGGAGAUUCUUUAUCGAACGCUGGUAAAGAAGUUAAAGGCAGGACUCACACAUUCUACCAGGUCCUCAUUGACACUAGGGAUGCACCAUACAUACGAGCUCAAACGGAGGCAGUAACGUUCCUUGGUAACCAGGAGUCUAGUCGUAGUCUAUAUGCCAUCCCAGGGCUUGACUAUGUGGCUCAUGACGACAUCAUACCCUACACGUCGGUGGAGCGCGUGCCGCUGCAACACGAGCUGUUUGACAAGUUUCUCAUGCAUAAUCCAGACAAAGAGAUCCCCUUCAUAGCGCAAGAAACGCUUCGCGCGUGGCAAAAGAAGAACCAUCCGUGGUUGGAACUGAGUGACGUUCACCGCGAGACCACAGAGGGCGUGCGCGUCACUGUUAUACCAUUUUACAUGGGCAGCCGUGAGUCCCAGAACUCUGCUGUCUACUGGUGGCGUUACUGCAUCCGCCUGGAGAACCUGGGCGCGGCGGCGGUGCAGCUGCGCGAGCGGCACUGGCGCAUCUUCUCGCUGAGCGGCACGCUGGAGACCGUGCGCGGGCGCGGCGUGGUGGGGCAGGAGCCCGUGCUGGCGCGCCACGCGCCCGCCUUCCAGUACAGCAGCCACGUCAGUCUGCAGGCGCCCAGCGGACACAUGUGGGGCACAUUUAGAAUGGAGCGCGAGGACGGGUACACGUUCGACUGUCGCAUCCCGCCGUUCUCGCUGGAGAGCAAGCCGGACGAGGGCGCUCCGGUGGCGCCCACCACCGCCGCGUGACGUCACAUCCGCCUCCGCCCCGGCACCACAACCCCACACAAAUCCGCGUGAUUAAAUAUUUAUUCUUUACUCCAGUGAUGUUGUCAUUGAGUAGAAAAGAUAAACAUUACAUAGUGAGAGUGUGGCCAAGAAUUUUUGUAAUUGGAAAUUAUGUAGAUUUCGUUUAGGAAUAGGAAAUUAACCUUUUGUUUGUUCGGAAUUGGCUAUGAAAACCUUGCGAAAGGACCGUGGAUUCCAUGCUGACGAUUGGCGAAUAUGAAGAUUCGCGCCUGUAAACAAAUAUUUUUGGCGGUUCGUAAGGAUGUGAUGAAUGCGUUCAUUGUGAUGUACAUCAGACCAAGUCAUAUUUUUAUUUUAGACGUUUUUUGCUAGAAAUAAAAAGUGAUGAUUUACGUUAGCUCUAUUUAUUUGUUGAUAUUUUUAGACAAACAGUAGAAGUUCAUUGCAUCCGUUUGUUUGUAAUAUAAAAAUUCCUUAGGCUUUAUUAAAUAAUUCCUAGAUCUGUAAUAAAUUACAGUAUUCUAUAA